GCGGCGACGGUCGAGGACCGCUGGCGCGCCACCAAGACUCGCAUGAAAGCGGCAGCCCGUCGGGUCCGAGACGAGAUGCUUCGCGCCAACUUCCCCUUCGAGGUCAAGGACGGCAAUGCCGAGACCACGCACGUAGGCUUCAAGUCUGCGGCGCGGGCCCUCUGGCGCCAGGACGCGCCGCUCGCGGCCCGCCUACUGGCCUCGUGUCCCGCCCUCUCCGCCCACCCGAUGGUUGACCAAGGCUCGUUUCGCGUGGUGGACUCCAGAGCCUUCGGCGAGACCUUCGACGCGGUCGCGGCGAAGGUGCGCGCCCUGCGCGGGCAGGCGGCUGCGGCUGCUGCGCGGAGGUCCAACGACCGCGACGGCCCCGCCUGGCGCCGGGUGGAGCGCAGGUCGGCCCGACACGCACAGCUAUGGAUCCCCUGGCGGCGCAGAAUUGUUCUCGCUGGUCCACGGCUUGACUCUGCUCCCUGCGCCUCCAGCAACGCCGCGGACGUGCCCCCCAAGGUGGUCGGCGACUCUGCGGGCAUGACGGGCGUUGUGGCUGAGUACUGGGGCAAGAUUUUCGAGCGCGCGCCGACUGUGGAGCAGAAGUUGCGGCUCAACAAGUUCCUUGAUCGUCGCGCCCCACAGCUUCCUGUGGUGGAGCUACCUCAGCCGUCGCUGCGCGCGCUGGAGCGCGAUGCUGCGAGGGCCCCGCCCAGCGACCCUGAGCCUGACCAGCUACCCUACGCAGCGUGGCGAAGCAGCUCUGACGCACUAUCGCAUCUUCAUGCUUUGACGGAGCAGCUCUUCAAUGAGGGCAUGGGGCCGCGUGACCCCAACUGGUCGAUCUUCCCCUGUGCACUGAAGGGGGCUGAGGACGAGGACACCCCCGACUCGUGUACUCGAACGGCCUCCUCCGUCCGCACGCUCUCCCUCAAGAACGCGGAUGCCAAGCUCAUUGCCUCCUGCGCGGAUCGCGCUCUGCAGUCCAUUGCCUCUGUUGCGACGGACGGGGCGCAGAAAGGCUUCACCGCUGGGCGCCGUUUCGUGGACCACAUCCCGUUGCUGGACGCGGAGUGCCGUCGCGAGGCUCUCCUCCCUGGUGCCGCUCAGCGGCGCCCGAUGCUGCUCUCCUACGACUUCCGCCAGGCCUUCCCGUCCCUCUUCCGCGAUGUGACUGACAUAGCGUUGCCGCGGUGCGGCGUCCUGCGGGGCUUCUGCAGCGCGGUCUCGGCGCUGCGCUGCAACUGCCUUGCCUUCAGCUCAUUCCGAGCCUCGGGACCCAGCGCGGCGAUGGAGCCGCUCUUUGCCCUGAGGUGCGGCACCAUGCAGGGGUACGACCUGGGCUUGCUCAUCCGCAACGCCAAGAUCCCCACGUCCAUCGCCGACUCCUUCAAUGACAUCGAGUUCGCAUUCAAUCUGCAGCUGGCGAUCCACAAGUGUGUGCUGGUCCCGCUCUGGGCCGAGGUCUCGCCCAGCCUGAUCAAAGACACCGAAGAGUUCUUGGCCGAGCUGGUCCCGAGUUGGAGGGGCUUCCGCGUCGAUUCCUCCGCCAAGUAUUUGGGCACGGGCAUCGGACCAGGCAUCUCGGAGCAGGGCAUCUGGAAGGAUGCCGCGGCGAAGUGGUGGUCUCGGGCUGCGGAGCUGAGCCGCGCAGGCAUGGCGACCAGCCUUGCCGCCCGCGCACGCAACGUGAACGUGCUCCCGUGCCUCUCCUACCUGGCCCAGCUCUUCUUCCUCAUCCCCGAGAUCUGGCGGGUCGAGUUCACGAUGCUCCACCGCCUCUUGCGUUUCCCGCCCUCGUCCAUGCGCAAGGCGGACAUCCUCGCCAUGGCGCGCGGCUGGGCCCCUGUGCUGCGCUCGUUGCACGAGACGGCGGCCGGGGACCUCCCGCUGGUUCGUGUGCUACGGGGCGCGUGGUCACCGCCCUGGUGGGCCUCCAAGCGCGCCAUCGCCCAGUACUACGGCCUCGUGAUGGGCAUGUUCCGCACCCUCCCGCGCCCGCGCCCCGAGCUUGACGAGCUGCCCGCCCCUGCCCCGCCUGCCCUCGUCGAGGCGGCCCGCCGAGCGAUGGCCGACGAGGAGCUGGCCGCCGCCGCUGCCGUCCCAACCAGGAAGGUCAAGCGCCAGGAGCUGCGCGGCCGAUGGCUGGAGCUCCGAGCUGCUCUGCGUGCUGUGCGCCCUUCAUGGCUGUGGUCGUGGCUCCGCACGGCGGCUGACGGUUGGAUCACCUCAGGCAGGAUGCACGUCGUCGCCCCGCGGCCGUGCAUCUUCGGUUGCGACGCCAAGGGCGACCUGGCGCGCUACAUGAAUUGUGAGAAGCUCCGCAGCGCGGUCGCAGCCCCUGCGGAGCCGAGUGAGUUGAAGGAUGGAAUUGUCUUCCUAGGGCUCGGCCACCCGCGCGAGCAUCGCGCGCGCGCCCGCAAGACCUGCCUGCAUGCGGUGGCGUUGGCCACGCAACUAUUUCAGAUCGUAAAGGAGCGGAUCGACAGCG